ACAAAGGAUAUUAAUUAUGAGAUGCAUGUGUUCCAAAUAUGGAUUACGCUAAUAAUCACAGUAAUUGUAUAUGUAGAAAGUGCUGAUAAAUCAAGUGAUGAUUUAGGUAAUAAAGAUGAUGCUAUAGGAGAUGAUUUAGAUGAAGAUGAUAACUUCGAUGUGACAGAACAAACUGAAACGUCUAAGGAUUAUCAUAAACAGGAUGAUAUUCCACAACCUUCUACUGAAGUAACUGUUGAGGAUGAUGAUUUUCAAUCAGAUCAACUAGAAAUUGAAGAGUUUGAUGGUCUUCAGCUACUUGAACUUUAUGAAGAAAUAUUGGAACAAAUACCUGAAAUCAUUCCUGAUCCUACAGAAUACCAAGAUCUAGAUAAAUAUAUAUUCUCUCCUACUACAGAUCAACCUGAAGAGCCACAACAACCUAUACCCGAGCAACCAACUGAAACAACUGAACCGUAUUCACCAAUUUACCUUGAUGAAACUCAAGAACAAGCUAUUACACAACCACAACCAAGUCAUCAGUAUUAUCAACCUACUCAACCAACACCUCAGGUACCUCAACAACCAGAUCAGUAUUAUGUACCGCCAUCAAUACCGCCACUAAGUCAAACCCAACCAAGUUAUCAGUAUUAUCAACCUACUACUACUCAACCACCGACUCAAACAGAAAAUUACUAUAUACCACAAUUACCAGAUCCCACUCAACAACCAAUAGAUUAUUAUACACCGCCAACUAUUCAAGCACAAGUUACUCAAGCGAGUCAACCAAGUUAUGAAUAUUAUCAACCUCCUAGCUAUAGUCCUUAUGAAAUUUCACCACUACAACAACAACCUUAUCCAACUCCUCAAUUACCACAACAACCACAACCUUAUCCAAUUCCUCAAUUACCACAACAACCACAACCUUAUCCAAUUCCUCAAUUACCACAACAACCACAAUCUUAUCCAAUUCCUCAAUUACCAAUACAACCACAACCUCAUUAUCCGCAAGCUCAUUAUCUUGGAUAUCCACCUCAACAGCCUAUAGUACAACCAAUACAAUUAAUACCUCAACCUCCAACACAUUAUGUGCCUCCACCGCAGCAACAAAUUAAUCUACCGCCUACACAAUAUAUGUUUCCACCUACAAGUCAACCAACACCUACACAACCAAUAUAUAUACCUCCAGCUCAGUACGAAAUUCAGGAACCAGCACCGGUGGCUCCUAUUCUACCUACUAAGAAACGAAAAAAAACUGAAAAGAAGACUCGGUUAAAGUGUAGGACAAUUAUAUUAAUGAAGAAAAAUGAACGAGGUGAAUUGGUUCCAAUGACAGAAAAGGAAUACAAAAAAAUGUAUUAUAGUAGAUAUAAAACAAAAUAUGAACUCUAUGCAAAUCUUGAACAACUGUUUUGUGACAGUGAGUUAGCUUAUGAACACAAAAUUGGAAAACAUUAUCCCUCAAUAUUAAUUGAAAAUAAACGACUUAGAGAAUUUUACAUCUAUUUUGAUGAUGAAUUAACUAUAGUUAAGCAAGUUAACGAUAACUACUGGCAAACGACAGAGUGUACAAUUCCAUAUUGUUUUAAAUUUCUCACCAAAAAUGAAAAAGGCCAAGAAGUUUUAAUACCUAGAACCUUUUUGGAUAUUGAUAUCGGCUUUUAUCAAGCUAUCAAAUACAUAUUUACGGAAGACAUUAAAUGCCAUAAAAUUAUUGUCAAAGAUCAAUUACUUUGGGAAAAAGUGGAAGACGAUAUGGGUUUUCCUGAGUCAAUUGUAUUCACCAAAACAGGAAAAAUUCUAAUAUUUUUCUAUGAUGAUAUUGUUUUAUAUUUAAAAAAAGAUGGCUAUUAUGUACAUUCAUCCACCAGAAAAAGAAGACCCAGUAAAAAAUAA